AUGUAUACUUCAGCAGGGCUGGAGCUGACGGAAACUGCACCUAUCCCAGAGGAGGAAGUGAUUGAUGAAGAGGUGGAGGCAGAAGACAAUGUGGAGCCCACAGCGGGGUCGCCUGAAAUGAGUGAGCAGGAAGUGACCUACACAGAACUGAAAUUUCACACUUCUGCUCAACAGCAAAGGAGACAAACAGUGGAGAAGACCAAAAGCAAAGACACUCCAUCUCCUCGGUGGCAGCUCAUUGCACUGACUCUUGGGAUCUUCUGCCUGGUGCUGCUGGUAACGCUCGGGAUCCUGGGUGCUGAGGCAAACAGAUGGCAGGAAAAGUUCACCCAGCAGCAGGAAAUUCUGGAAAAUCUCACUCACCAGCAGGAAAUUCUGGAAAACCUCACCCAGAAGCUACAAGAAAUUCAGGAGAAAACCUCUCAGGAAAAGGAAGAUCUCCAGGCCAAGAAUGCAGAGCUUUCUAAGUCUUUGCAGUUCUUACAGUCAAAAGGAAACAAAUGCAGAAUCUGUUCAAAGGACGAAUGGAUGCAAAAUGGAGAGGACUGUUACUACUUCUCUACUAAAAUAAAAACUUGGUUUGAAAGUAAAGAGUAUUGCUCUUCCCUGGGCUCCAGACUGCUGAAGAUAGACAGCAAGGAGGAGCUGGUCUCCCUAAAAAAACUGAAUUAUUCCUCUUACUGGAUUGGAUUAUCCCGUAAUGGAGCAGAUGGGCCCUGGCUAUGGGAGGACAGCACAGCUCUCUCCAUUGAUGUGUAA